AUGAGCUCGCCGGCUGAUUCGGAGGCUGGCUCGAGGAAGAAUGCACAUUCAGGGCCGGGGUCAAUGUCUGAUCUGGAGAAAGUGGAUGUCGCGCCGCGGUUCAGACAGGAUGCGUUUGGUGAUGAGGAGUUUGCGGAGGUGAAGUACAAGGUACUUAAGUGGUGGCAAUGUGGCCUGCUCAUGGUUGCCGAAACAGUUUCACUGGGUGUGCUAUCACUACCUGCGGCCGUUGCAGGACUGGGUCUUGUUCCUGCAAUCCUUGUCCUCCUCUUCCUUGGUUCACUAGCCACAUACACCGGCUACGUAAUCGGUCAGAUGAAGUGGAAGUACCCGCACAUCUCAACAAUGGCCGACGCAGGCGAAGUGAUAGCCGGUAAAUGGGGACGUGAAUUCCUCGGCGUCGCCCAGAUCAUCUUCCUCAUCUUCGUUAUGGCUAGUCACCUCCUAACCUUCACCGUGGCUAUGAACACCAUCACCAACCAUGGCACUUGCUCCAUCGUCUUCGGCAUAGUCGGCAUGAUCGUCUCCUUCAUCUGUUCUCUGCCCCGUACUCUAGUCAAGAUGUCAUGGCUAUCACUAGUCUCCUUCGGAUCAAUCAUGACCUCAGUCCUAAUAGUCAUGAUCGCCGUCGGCACCACAAAACCCAGCCCGGACGACGUCGUCGCCGUCGUAAAAACAGACCUCUACCACGGCUUCUCCGCAGUCUGCAACAUAGUCUUCGCCUUCUGCGGCCACGCCGCCUUCUUUGGCCUAAUGGCCGAACUCAAAAACCCCCGUGACUUCACCCGAUCCCUCUGUCUCCUGCAAGGCAUCGACAUGUCCCUCUACCUCAUCGCCGCACUGGUCAUCUACCGCUACGCCGGCAGCGACGUCACCUCGCCCGCCCUUGGCUCCGCAUCACCCAUAGUCGCAAAAGUCGCCUACGGCAUCGCCCUGCCGACUAUUAUCAUUGCGGGCGUUAUCAACGGCCACGUUGCCUUCAAGUACGUGUAUCUGCGCAUCUUUGAAGGCACGGAUCGAAUGCAUAAGCGGGAUUGGGUUGCGACGGGGUCGUGGGUGGGUAUUGCGCUUGCGCUUUGGAUUCUGGCUUGGAUUGUUUCUGCGGCUAUUCCGGUGUUUAGUAGUUUGCUUAGUUUGAUUACGGCGUUGUUUGCGAGUUGGUUUACGUAUGGGCUUAGUGGGAUCUUUUGGCUGUUUAUGAAUAAGGGGAGGUGGUUUAGUACUUGGAGGAAGGGGGCGUUGACGAUGUUGAAUUUCGUGGUUAUUGUUGUUGGUGCGGCGCUCUGUGGGCUUGGGCUUUGGGUAUCUGGGAAGGCGAUUCAUGAUAAUCCUAGCAGUGCGAGCUUUUCUUGUGCGAAUAAUGCUUGA